UGUCUGUGUCGGUUCGGACUUCGGUGGGUGUGUCGGUGUCGGUCGUCGGUCCAUUUUCAAUCAAAAUAGUUUAUAAUAACGAUAGACAUGAUUUUUUCAUAUAAUAAUUUUUGAAAGUAAUUUAUGAAAUAUCAAGACUCAAAGCUAUGAUACAAGAAUAUGAAGCAGAUUGUAUAGCGGUGGUUCAAAAGUGUUUUCUCAGCGGUAGCAAUUUAAAAUUUUUGGAUUGGGAGAAACUUAUAAACUACAUCAGAGGCAACAAAGACCCAGUAUCUCUCCAGGAGAAUAUACUGUCAGCUUCAGUACUUCAUCCUUGCAACUUGCAUCACCCAAUCAAAAAAGAUUUCCAGCGUAUUUUCUUGAAAAAAAUAAUAUCUGAGUUGGAAAACUGUGGACAAGAGGUUAGUGAGAACCUGUACAAGGAGUAUUUGAGCAAACUUAACAACAGUUCUGAACCAGAGGAGUAUCACUACAGACAUUUCACAGUAGUACAUGACAAAACAAUCACAAUACGAGAGAAGAUCAGUUUUGUCAGUGGUGGGACGACAGGUUUAGCUACGUGGGAGGGUGGCCUGGCGCUGGCACAGUGGUGUUUACACAACUCAUUACUGCUCCGUUCUAAACGUGUGUUGGAGCUGGGUUGUGGCCUAGGACUCACUGGCUUGUCUGUCUCUCUUGUGUGCCGUCCACUCUCCUACACAUUCACUGACCAUCAUCCCUCAGUACUGCAAGCUGUAGAGUACAACAUUCAGCUCAACAAACAAUUGCUGAGUGAGACUUCUGUCAAAACUGAGCUGUUGGACUGGGAAUAUAUUGCAAACUAUUUGGACACAGAAAUAGAUGUUGUUUUGGCUGCAGAUGUAGUGUUUGAUGAGAGGCUGUUCCCAUCACUUGUAAACACUUUGUACCAUUUCCUGAAAAACAAAACAACAUUUGCUGUCUUAGCUUGUACUGAAAGGAAUCCUCAAACCCUCUCUACUUUCCUGACCAAUCUCGGUAAGUUUCAAUAA